AUGAGUUUCGCCGGAGGACCGGGCGCCGAGCGCCUGGGCAGUCUCUACGCCCUUGCCUCCUCCCGGAUUGGGUGUGAACGGCUGGGCCGAUACUGUGCGAGUGGGACAGCUGGCUGCCUGGCUAGCCAGUUGUCCGGCUGGCUGCUGCGGGAACGGACCGGCUGUUUGGCUGGCCAGUUGUCCGGCUGGCUGCUGCGGGAACAGACCGGCUGUUCGGCUGGCUGUUCGGCUGGUUGUUCGGCUGGCUCGCUGAGGACUACUGCAGGCAAGGCGAGGCCGCUGAAGGAGCGGGCGGCACCGCCCCCGCGCUCCCGUUUCUCGGGCGCGCCCCCGCGCCCAGCGCGCAGCCGCAGUGCUCCAAAACAGUUUCUUGCUCACGUCGGAGAAGCUGCUUCCGUUUCCAACGCCGCAUUCCGGCCACACCUGCCCGUGCCCGAACACCGGCUCGCUCCGCCGCCCGGCCCGCCCGAAGGACCCCGCGCUCGGCCGCCGCAGCAAGCCAUGUCCGAGGAGGAUUAUGUGUGUGUGAAGACUGAGGAAGAGGAUGAAGCAGUGAUUAUGGACCAUGGGGACAACGGGCUGUCCACACAAAGUUGCAUGCCAGUGCAACAGAACUCUGAAGCAAACAGUGCUGUUCACCACAUGAGUCAACUUGCCUAUGGAACCGAAGGCUUGCCAGUGCUUGCUGAUCAAACAGCCUCACAAAUGAGCCAUUCUGCAAUGAUGGAGAGAGGAGAUGGCCACAGCCCUGAAAAAAUGGAUUUUGUGUAUUUGCCUAAUAAAAGGAAACGACUUUCUCCUGCUGUAGUGGAACACAGUGUGAUGAGAACCGGGGAAGAAGAAUAUGAAAACAGUGAGAGUGUCAUUUAUGAGUAUGAACCAGACUAUGAAUGUGAGAGCGUUUUAUCUGAAGCUUCUUAUACUGGAUAUCAGCAGAAUCCUCUUAUGGAGGUCCUGAGUUAUUGCCAGGCCAUGUAUGAUGCCAUUCAGAAGUUGGAUAAAAAAUUUGACCUGCUUCAUCGUAAGGUCUCAGAAAUGCAGCAUGCUCGUAUAAAGCCAUUGUUGCUCAAACCUAAACCAGUUGGAUUCACAUACAGAAGUUCCAGUCAUUUGCCUCCAGGAAAAAUAAGAGUUCAAAAACACAUGGAAAGGGAUUUAAGUCUUCACCUUUCUUCAUCAGGGCAGGGAAGGCGUAGCCCAGCUGUAAGGACUGCUGUACAAAAUGGCCACGUUCAGGUCAAUUCCAAAGUACAACACGUCCCACGCAGUUUUCAGCUUGAAUCUCAGCAGCCUGUUGGAAGGCAGAGCCCACCACUCCCCACUAUAGUUUCUACACAUUCAUUGCAUUCAUCAUACACAGCAGCUAAUGUGAUGCCUGACCUUUCACCACAAUCAAAUCUUGCUCCCAGCAUUGUGGAAAGUACUGUCAAUAUUGCAUCUUCACCAGUGGCAUCACCAUCGAUACCAGCACCAUCUGAGCCCAGUCAGGAGAAUAAUACUGUGGAGUUGAGCUACAGAAACUCAUCUGAGAAUGUGAAUAUUAGUGAAGAACUGCCAUCUUCUUCAGAUUUAAUCAAUCCUGACUUGGAGUUUGUUGGUGACCCGGCAAGAAAUGUAAAAAUUCUUGGACACCAUUUGAUGAAGGCUCGGCAAAAAACUAAACCCAAGUAUGCAGCACGUCACUUGGUCCGUGCCUUGUUCCCCAAGAAAACUUUAUUGUGCAGCGUGAUGGGAGCAAGUGCACGGGGGCGCAGGACGCUGGAUCCAAACAAAAUUGCUGCAAUAAGAGAGUUUCUUGCAACUAACUUUCCAACCUAUGAUUUGAGCGAGCAUGGGAAAGACUGGAAAACUUGUAUCACCAAUGUCAAUGCCAUGAUCCGCUGUUUGCGCUCGGAAACCAAAGCAAACCCAGCCUGUUCUAAGGAGACAACUGAGGGGAAAGAAGAAGCAUCUGAUGCUCCUGACACGUCUCAUUGUGUAGAUUUAAAUUAUAAUGAAGAUAGUGGAGACAAAUCUCAAAACUCUCAGAAAAUGACCAGCUCCACAACUGACACAUUCCUGAAUUUAGGAUUGGAUAAGUUUCCUGAAACUUUCCACGUAUCUUCAUUCAACAAACAUUCUUUGGAACCUCUGGAGCCCCUUGGGAGCCCGUCACGCAAUGUUCAGUUGCCGUUCUCGGUCAUUUACGUCGCCAAGGGGAAGACGCGGCCAGAGCUGUCAGCUCGCUACCUAAUCCGCCACAUGUUCCCUGAAGAUGUGCUGGUGAAAAGCAACGUCUAUGGAAGUCUUGAUCGUGGCAUGAGCCCACUGGAUUCCAACAAAAUUAAUGCACUCAGAGACUUUCUUCAAGACAAUUUUCCAUCCUUUGAUCUCAGUGAAAGUGGAUUUGAUUGGAAGGCGUGUGUGGGUGCCAUGAACAGCUCAAUCCGCAGUCUCAGACACGAGCUGAAAAAGGCGACGUCUGGAAUGCGCCACGGAGCCCUGGCAGGGUCACCCUGCAGUGCAGAGUCCCCCAGAGGGUUCCACUCCCGUAGAGCCAGUGGCAGGCAUCUCUCAGAUUGAAGCUCUCUAGCAUGUCUCAAAUCUCAGUUUAGCAGGUUUCUGUUAAUUCCGUGUAGAAACCUGUAAUAUCGAGCUGUCCUGUUUAACUGAGUUGUCAGCAGCACUAAAUAGCAUCACUUCAGGAGACCAGAAUUAGCAGAGGGCUUUGGGAGUCCUAACUCUUUGCAUAGGUAGCGUUUGUGCUCCUCACAAAUUAUUUUCACUGCUCCCUGUAGCAUUUGCAAUGUGCUCUCUCCUAAAAGCAUCUUCUUCUCAUGAUUCAUUGAAUCUGAAAGAUUAAUCUGAUUAGAAGAGAUGCACUGUGCAUCAGUACAACAGAAGCAGAUGGAAAAGAGGAAAGAAUGGUCCUCCUUGGAGGGUGAAUCAUAGGCAGCUAAAUUAUCUCAUUAUGUAUGAGGAAUUAAAUUUGCUUUGACAAUUGGAUCUCUUCAGCACAAAUAUCAGAAAGGAAAAAAUAUUUUUAAUUGAAUUUAUUUAACUUAUUGUAUCUGGACUUGAUGAUCUUGGGGGUCUUUUCCAACCUUAAUGAUUGUAUGAUCUCUCACAUUUUUGCCUCCUAUCAGUAGUUUUUGUAGGAUAAGAGGCAGACAACAAUAUAAGUACAACUGGUAAUGUAUGGGGGAAUGAUGCCUUAAGUUUUAGCUUUCAUAUUUGCCAGAUUCUGUACUGUAUUAGUAUAUAACUCUGAACUUCAUAUAAAGUGUUCUCUUCACAGUUUGGUUAGACAAAACAAUCCUUUUCAAGCCCAGUAACUAAAGACACUGUUGCAUCUUCAGGCCAAAAAGUAUAAACAAGAGUGAAUUGAGGAGAGUGAUCUGGGAGGAUGAGACUUUAUAACCUGAAGCUGUAAUUGGACAAUUAACCCCAAUAUAUAAAUGGACCAAAACUUACAAAAGUGUGAAAAUUGUGACUAGUGGCCCAUCUUGGGUGUAGCCAUGGCUGGGCUCUUGUACUGCCUAAGGUAUAUCCUUUGAAGGCCUUUAUAAUAAAUACCUACUUUAUUCAUUUAGCACUGUCUAGCCUCUGUUCUAGGUAGCCUCUCAAGCCAUCACUUACCCUGCUGUUCUGAUGUAGCUCUACAAAAAAAAAAAAUCCAAAACAAACAGUCCUAUGGUUGAUUCUGCUUUUUCUUAAUUAAAUUUAAGGAAAAUACUUCUUCAGGAUCCUGAACUCCACCAUCUCAUCUCAUGCAACUAAGACUUCACAUUUUUAGCAAAUCCCUUGUUGAGGUGGUAUGAGGUCCAGAAAAGCACCUGUCAGUAAUAAAUGUUCAUGCUCUUGCCUUUCCUUUCCAUCUAUGCAAGACUAAGAUUUAUU